UUUACAUUUAGUCUUUUCUAAAUCAAUAAACAAUUCUAAAUCCUAUUAUGAGCGAUAAUUAUAGAUGUAUGAAUGCUAUUCCAAAUCAAAGAUCAAUAGCAAGUGAAUUAUAUGACAUAUUAGAUUUUUGGUUUAAAUCUCAUGUAAAUGAAUAUUAUCAGGAAGAAAAAUUUGGUUAUAAAAGAGAAGAAAUUGACAUAGAGGAACGAGAGGAACGAAAAACUGAUGGAGAAAUAUCUUUUGAUUCCUCAAAAAUUAAAAGAAAAUUCAUACCAGUUCGUGCACCAAGUGUCGUUUGGCAAUAUUUUGAAAAAUUAUAUGAUGAUAAUGGCGUUCAUUCCCAAUCAAGAUGUAAUUUUUGUGGUAAAAAUUAUUCUGCAGGAUGUGCUACAUCUACCCUUAACUAUCACUGGGAAUGUAAACAUAAACAUUCAAAAGUUCAACCUGGAGGCACUAGAUCAAUUGAGAUGGCAUUUAAUAAUUCUGAAAAACAAGUAAAAUCGAAAGGCGGAGAACAUUUAGGAAGUUCUGAAAAAUGAGUAAAAUUGAAGGGCGAGAACAUUUAGGAGUUCAACCUUGGGUACUGGAUCAAUUGAGAUGGCAUUUAAUAAUUCUGAAAAACAAGUAAAAUCGAAGGGCGGAGAACAUUUAGAUUAUUUAAGUGGACUUACUAAUUGGGUAAUUUUAUUUAGAGAAGUGGAUAGUACAAAAAAAGAAGAAGUCCAAUAGUUUAUCAUUUCAUAAUGAAGUUGAAGAAUAUUUGGCAGUUUCUAUAGAAUCUCAAAGCGUAAAUCCCUGUGAAUGGUGGAAUACAAUAUCCAAUUUUAGCAAAGAUAGUUCGUGAUUAUAUUUGUAUAACUGCAACGUCAGUUCCCAGCGAACAAGCUUUUUCAAAAUCUGGAGAAUUGAUUAGCAAAAGAAAUAGAUUAGGUGAUCAUUCAAUAGAAGCCCGCAUGUGUUUAAAUUCUUGGAUAGCACUAUUA